AUGAGCAGAGAGUCAAUCAUGGCUCCUUCGGUGGUACGAUGGCUAAAGAGAUGUUACGUUUUCUUAUUGACAUGUCCCCUCUGUGUCCCAGCCUUCUUGAAUCUAGAAGAGCUGAAUGAGAUGAAAUAUGGGAUACAGAUUCUUCCCGACCCCGUGAUGUUGGGCCAGACCAAUACAGAGGAGGUGAUGAUCGUGUCCAGCAAGUACAAGCAGGUGUACGAGUGUCGGCUUCCAGCCCAGGCCAUCAGGUUUCAUCAGGACCCAUCCUCUGAGCCCGACUCACAAGGGUACACUGGGCCUGAAAUCCAUGACCUGCUCACUCCAAUGCAUGAUGCGCAGUGUUUAGUAAAGACGAAGGACUGGUGGACUUAUGAGUUCUGCCACGGUCAGCAUAUACGACAAUACCACCUUGAAGACACAGAAAUCAAAGGGGAAAUUCUCUUCCUCGGUUAUUAUGAAUCUGAAUUUGACUGGAGCAACGAGACAGCCAAGGCUUCCAAACAGCACCGGCUGAGGCGCUACCACAGUCAAAGCUAUGUAAACGGAUCAAAGUGUGACCUAAAUGGAAAUCCCAGAGAGACCGAAGUCCGGUUUGUGUGUGAAGAAGGCUCAAGUGACUUCAUUGCCCGAGUGGAUGAGCCUCAGUCGUGCAGCUAUGUGCUGACAGUUCACACCAGUCGUACCUGCCAGCAUCCGUUCCUGCAACCGCCAUCCACUGCCAAGCCGCAGAGUAUUGUGUGCCAGCCAGCACUAAGUGCCCAACAGUACAUGGAUUACGUCAAGGCCCAAGUCUCGGACACAAAGCGUAAAGUAGAGCAGAUCUCAGAGGAGCUGAGGAGUCUCGAUGAGAUGUUAGCUGGGAAUAAAGGGGCAGAUGGUGCAGUGGAAGUAACAGCAGAAGAGACAUCACCUCCACCCAGUGAUGACCUGAGCCACUUGGAUGCAAAAGAUACUGCUGAUGUAUCUGAGGACGUCGGUUCAGAGGAGGCAGAAGAUUCUGACUUCUGGGAGGGAGUUACAAAGCCAGGGAGUUCAAAAACAACUGCUUCUCAACAGGAGAAUCAGGCAGCAGAUGAUGGCUAUAACUCAAUUACAGACAAUGAGAUCAUGGAUGAUGGUGAUGAAGUUGAAAAAUUUAACUUUAAAAUCAUCACUGACCCAGCAGACCUGAUGAAAUUUGUCCAACAUCUCAAAGAGAGUAACAGGAAGAAAGCACAAAACCAGGUCAAAAGUGGAGGCGAGAAACCGACAAGCGACAGGGUAACAGAGAAGCUUAGCGAGGAAGCGAAAGAUGAAGAUGAACGCCUACUACAGGAGUUCGAGGAUGAGAUGGUCGACCUCUCCGUGACCUCUGAUAAGAUUGACGAGAUAAAGGAGGAAAUGCAGAAGGAGUUUGACAACAUUAUAAAUGAGGCUCAGCAGGAAUUGGAGACAGAAGGCCUGAAAGGAGAGUUUGAUCGCACUCAAGCAACACAAACACUGGAGACGACGCUGGACAAGCUACUUGAUCAUUUGGAGGAGAAAGACCUCCAGGACCCAGAGCAGCAAACAGCCGGAGUUCAAAGAGCCAAUGACCCCACCAGGGGGAGCCCCAGCCUGGCUCCGAAGCAGCCAGACCAAGCAGCUGACGACCAUGUUAAGAUCAAAAUUACUAAGUAUAAGACGGGCGGCAGCCCUGAUGGGGAGGUCAAAGUUCAGGAGAUGGGCGAAGGAGACCCCCAGUGGCAGCACAUAAAGGACUUGGUUAAAGAACAGCUAGAGAGAGCAGGACUGAAGGCAGAAGGUAAAAUUGAGGUGAAGAUCUUGACACGAAGAAAUGCAGAGGAGGCAGGUGAUCAGUGGCUGACUGAAGAAGAUACAAAGUCCUUCAGGGAGCUUCUCAUAAAUCUCCUGACUGGAGGAACAGAAGAGGUUUACAAAGAGCAGAAGCGGCAACAGGAGUUGGAGAGCAACUAUAUGUUUGUGUGGGGAGAGUCCCAGGAGGAGUCCCAAUCAUCCAGCACCUCUGACUCGGAAGACGUGGACAAAUGAGCUCAUUCAGUGCACCUGGUGUGACGGUGAACUCCUGUGGAGGGAGCCUCAAUUAUUAAAAUGCUAUUAAACCUGGUGGAUAAUAUCUACUCACCUGUUUACACAUUCAGAAAAUGUGUCUGUGUGUCUUGAAUAGACAAUAUGUGUCUGCAGUAGGCACCAGUUAUAUGUUGCACGAUGACCCCGCAACAUCUCCGCUGCACUGAGCAGUUGAAUAAAGUUAUGCAUUUUCCCCUUUUUGAUGGGAUUCGAUUUUGAAA